UGAAGUGCGUCUCUUUGGAGCAGAUACCGGCUGGGAGAAACGCAGCAACAAGAGAAAGGAAUACAUUUCGGGCUCGUUUUCCACCUGGACUGUCUCCGAGCACGGCGCAUCCCCUCCGGUACAGACAAUCUGACCCGAAAACUCGAUGUGGAAGCUUGGCUGAAGGAAGAAAGGGCCACGCUGGGGAAGGCAACUCGCCGAAUUACCAAACCGAGCUCGUUGGAGUAGCUUAGUUGCCUCCCAAGCGACGCUUUAAAAAGGAAGGAGCGGGUACACAUAUCCCAAACCGUGGUGAAAAUGGACUAUGAUUUUAAAGUGAAGCUGACCGGCGAAAGAGAGCGUGUCGAGGACCUGUUUGAGUACGAAGGAUGCAAAGUGGGAAGAGGCACCUACGGUCAUGUAUACAAGGCGAAGAGAAAAGAUGGGAAGGAUGAUAAGGACUACGCCCUCAAGCAGAUUGAAGGCACUGGCAUCUCCAUGUCAGCCUGCAGAGAGAUUGCACUGCUGCGGGAGCUGAAGCACCCCAAUGUCAUCUCACUACAGAAGGUUUUCCUGUCACAUGCAGACCGUAAAGUAUGGCUGCUCUUUGACUACGCCGAACAUGAUCUCUGGCACAUUAUUAAGUUCCACAGAGCAUCCAAGGCAAACAAGAAGCCACUUCAGCUGCCUAGAGGAAUGGUCAAGUCUCUGCUCUACCAGAUCCUGGAUGGCAUCCAUUACCUCCACGCCAACUGGGUCCUCCACAGAGACCUUAAACCAGCUAACAUUUUAGUGAUGGGGGAAGGGCCAGAAAGGGGUAGAGUAAAGAUUGCGGACAUGGGGUUUGCCCGUCUCUUCAAUUCACCGCUGAAGCCUUUAGCCGAUCUCGACCCAGUGGUGGUCACCUUCUGGUACAGAGCACCUGAACUACUGCUUGGGGCUCGGCACUACACCAAAGCCAUCGACAUCUGGGCGAUUGGCUGCAUCUUCGCGGAGCUGCUGACGUCUGAGCCCAUAUUCCACUGUCGCCAGGAGGACAUCAAGACCAGUAACCCUUACCACCAUGACCAACUGGACCGCAUCUUUAAUGUCAUGGGCUUCCCUGCUGAUAAAGACUGGGAGGACAUCAAAAAGAUGCCAGAACACUCCACGCUGAUGAAAGACUUUAGGAGGAACACAUACACAAACUGCAGCCUUAUAAAGUACAUGGAAAAACAUAAAGUCAAACCAGACAGCAAAGCAUUCCACUUGCUGCAGAAGCUGCUGACCAUGGACCCCAUCCGUAGAAUCACAUCUGAGCAGGCCAUGCAGGACCCUUACUUUUUGGAGGAGCCCUUGCCUACCUCUGAUGUGUUUGCAGGCUGCCAGAUUCCCUACCCCAAGAGGGAGUUCUUGACAGAAGAGGAGCCAGAGGACAAGGCAGACAAAAAGAACCAGCAGCAGCAACAGGGAAACAACCACACAAACGGGGCCGGGCACACUGGCAACCCUGACAACAGCCACGCCCAGGGCCCGCCUCUGAAGAAGGUGCGAGUUGUCCCGCCCACCACUACCUCAGGUGGCCUCAUCAUGACCUCAGACUACCAGCGCUCCAAUCCACAUGCUGCCUACCAGAACCCAGGACCAAGCACAUCACUGCCCCAAAGCAGCAUGGGAUAUUCCUCUACCUCCCAACAGCCGCCCCAGUACUCCCACCAGACCCACCGCUACUGAGACACCCCUCCCACAGACACACACACACACACACACACAUACAUACUUAUACAUAUACACGCAUACAUAGCCCUCACCAUGCCCACCUGAACGAAUGUACUGAGGGAUGUGGGGAUGUCCAAGGCAACAAACCCAGAACCCCACCAGCCCUGCCCCACCUCACCCACCCUGUCCCACCCCACAGAGGGCACUUUGUCUGCAGCAGUCUGUUAGGUCAGAAUGGCAACAGUGUAAACUUAAAGAUGACAUACCAUAACCCCAGUAUUAGAAACACCGCUAUAGAACACCUGAUGGAUGAAACACAAUGCAGGAGGAUGAGAGUGGUGGAUACUAUGGCGGAAUCCAACCUGUUUUUGUUACUCAGACGUGAUCAAACCAGCCAAAAGAAGAUGGCUCGGUUUGGGAGGACACAUGUUAAUCUGUUGUGUCAUCUUCUGCCCUCUUCUUCUCCACCUGUCUCCACACCUCCUGUGCCCCACCCUCUUCCUGUUGAAGUUUGGAUGAGACUGAAAGCUGCUAUGUGACUGCCAGCGGUGACAGAUUCCCUGUCCGACUGUCCUCCUGUCUGUCCGUCUGUCUGUUUGUUUAUUUUGUGUGUGUUGCCCUGUGAGGGCCUCAGCUAAGGACUGAACUGAGCUGCUGUGAAGCAUGCUGGGAGGAUGUGGAGCCCCCACAGCUGUGGCAUUGAGGGUUUUAAGAAAGGACAAAAAAAAGAUGAAAAAAAAAGAUUUUAGUAGUUUAUAAUUUAAUCUGUUUUCAUGGUUUUGUUUUCAUGGCAAGCACUCUGCUGCUGAAUGCUGUGGGCAAGCCUUACAACAUGAUGACAAAACCAACCAAUCGCAUGGAGGAUGGCAGAUGGAACAUGCAUUGUACUGUAUUGUAUUGAAAUAUUUUACAUGAAGCAAGUAUCCUGACAAUAAAAGUGGAAACAUUGAUAUUGCUGGAAUUAUGUGCAAGCAGCUGAUGAGUGGUGCAAGCCUAAGCAGCAUUGUAUUCACCUUUUGGCAGGAAAUGCAUGUAAAAAUUGCUGCAAGAAAUGGCAGCAGUCUUUGUGCAUCUGACAACAUCCAGCAUUACAGAAAGCUCACAACAAGGUUGAUUUUCACAUUUUUAGACCCCUCACUGCCCAUGACUUGUAAGGACCAUUUAAUAUGCUGUUUAAGAUGGCAGACUUUCAGCUCAUUGUUCACUUAAAGAAAUAUAUGAAGUAAGGCUGCAACAAAUUUUAUAAUUUUAUUUUUAUUAUUGAUUUUCUGACA